GAUCUGAGGGGUCUAGUCAGGUCUAGUCUCUGGCAGUCUCUGAUUCAAUAACAUUUGAUUGACUUUUGCUUAGAACUGUCAAUGAAGCGCACAAAAUUGAGACUUUUGUCAUGAAGAGAAAUAUACGAGUCGUAAAUUGCUACAAGUAACAAUUGGAUAAUUAAAAAUUAGUCGCUUUGGUCGGAUAUGUGUGAAAUUUAUUCUGACUAUCUCUUAUCAUUUCAACAACAGUGAGGGAAAGUUCAUCGAAAAUGCUGUGUCGCGAUGGAGUUCUCAGUUUAUUCUGUUUUAUCGCAGCGUGUUCAAUCUCACUUUUUCCCGAACUGCAGUUUAGGUUAGGAUUCAAUAUUUAUGUAACAUAUUUUACAAAUAUUUGGCUUCUACACGCGGUACAGUACGUUCUCAUAAAUGUACUCGCGUUGCUGGCAUUUCGUGGUUUUGCUUAUCAAGUAGCAAUCAGAGCGUUGUUUCUUGGAUAUCUAUUUGGGAUUGGUAUCAUAGUAACGAUCAAUGCCCUACAAUCGUGGCAGAUACUUGGCAUUUAUAUGAUAGUAUUAGCGAGUUUCCAUUAUUCGGAAUUUCUGGCUAUAGCAUGGUCAAAUCCAGCUACAUUGUCAAUCGACAGUUUCAUCCUCAAUCAUAGCAUAAUGUAUGGGGUAGCAGCUGGUCUCAGUUGGAUAGAGUUUCUCAUAGAGAGACAUUACUUUCCUGGAAUGAAAAUGCCUUCCGCUGUAUCCUAUUUUGGUCUAAUACUGUGCAUUUUUGGCGAAGUUCUAAGAAAACUGGCAAUGUGCACUGCAAAACACAAUUUUAAUCAUAUCGUGCAAACUGAGAAGAGUGACAACCACGAACUCGUUAGACACGGUGUAUAUAAUGUUUGCAGACAUCCUAGUUACGUAGGAUGGUUUUACUGGUCGAUAGGAACGCAGUUAAUACUUCAAAAUCCGCUAUGCCUCUUUGCAUACACAUUGAUAUCGUGGAACUUCUUUCAUAAUCGUAUUCGGAUUGAAGAAAUAAAUUUAUUAAUUUUCUUCGGCGAAGACUAUGUUGAAUAUCAAGAGAAAGUAGGUACUGGGCUUCCAUUCAUUUCUGGAUAUAAGAUUAAUUCAUAGCACGCUACAAUGGUAUAGUCUUAUUUUGUAAAAAGUUUGUCCUGAUGGAACGAAACAAGUGGAAACAUGUACGUUUGUAAAAAAUGACUACAUAAUCUAAAUUUAGAAAUUUUUUUACAUAAAUGUACAAGUACAUAAUUUUGAAAAUAUU